AUGCUGGGUGUUCUCCUUGCUUUGGCUACCUCUGUGACAUUUUGUGAUGCUCAGUGCACAUUUAAGCCCUUGGUGAUCACUCCAGGGAGUACAUUAGAAGGUUGCAUGGAUUCUGAUGGUGUAAUGCACGACUUUGACACUCAAUGGGAAUCUAAUUGUGUGCGCUGUUCCUGUAGUUCAAGAGUUGGAUUAAGUUGCUGCAGCAUGGUGACAAGACCUAACGGCUAUGACAAAGUUAACUGCAAGGAAAUAUUCAACAAGCGGACCUGUACAUUCACUGUUGUACAGAAAGUCAAACCCACCGUACCCUGUAAAGUCACACGGUACAUAGGUUAA